AAAUUGUAAAGUACAAGUUAAAUAAUAAUAAUAAAAAAAGAAAAUAUUCAGUUGUCAUGAUUUACGUGCAUCACCCUGUAUAUGAUAUAGAAUAUGUAUAUAAGAUUUUUGGAAAUAUAACUUAUAUUUUUCCAACCGAAGACAAUCUAGUAUUGAUCUACAGCCAAAUGCUAGACCAACACCUGAUGAAUCCUAUCAACAAAUUUAACUUAGCGCUGACAAAAAUUGCAGAAUCAUUAUUAAAUGCGGCAUUGUACUGUCACCACAAAAUUUCAACAACAUUCCUACCAACGGCAGUCAAAUUUCAUUACGUAUUUAAUCUACGUGAUCUCUCAAACAUCUUUCAAGGCAUAUUGUUUGCACACGGUGAGACUGUUCCGACUGGAAAUCAUUUGAUCCGAUUGUACGUUCACGAAGCAACAAGAGUGUAUUCGGAUAAAUUAAUCAAUGCUGAAGAUGAAAAAGCCUUUCAGCAAUUGCUGAAGGAGUCGCUUCGCAAAAAUAUUUCUGAAAUGGACGAAAAUAUUGUAUUUGCUGGACCAAUAAUAUAUUGUCAUUUUGCGGAAGGAAUCGGUGAACCAAAAUAUAUGCCAAUAAAAGAUUGGCAACAAUUGACGAAGUUACUAGAUGAAGCUCUGGUUAAUUAUAACGAACUGGUAGCGGCAAUGAAUCUGGUUUUAUUCGAAGAUGCUAUGUACCAGGUUUGUCAAAUAAAUCGCAUUCUGGAGUCACCAAGAGGAAACGCAUUGCUUGUUGGUGUUGGAGGAAGCGGAAAGCAAUCUCUUUCUAGCCUUGCGUCUUUCAUCGCAGGCUUAGAGGUUUUUCAGAUACAAUUACGAACAGGUUAUUCGAUGACUGAUUUAAGAGGCGAUUUAUCAGGUUUAUAUCUGAAAUCUGGAUUGAAAGGAAUCGGAAUAACUUUCUUGAUGACUGAUUCUCAUAUCGCGGAUGAAAAAUUUCUGGUACUUAUAAACGAUAUGCUCGCUUUUGGCGAAAUCUCCGAAUUAUUCGCCGAUGAUGAGGUAGAUAAUAUCGUGAACGCCUUAAGAACUGAGGUAAAGCAAACCGGUAUGAUGGACACCAAAGAAAAUUGCUGGAAAUUUUUUAUCAAUCGAGUUCGAAAUUUGUUAAAAUGCAUUCUUUGCUUUUCUCCCGUUGGUGCAACAUUACGAAACAGGGCUAGACAGUUCCCAGCAAUCGUAAACAACACUUCGAUCAAUUGGUUUCAAAGCUGGCCACAGGAUGCUUUGAGAUCCGUUUCCAUCAGAUUCUUAGAAGAAUUAGAAGACCUUCCAAAAAAAUACAAGUCAUCAGCUUCUUUGUUCAUGUCAUACGUGCAUACUAGCGUUAAUGAUAUAUCUUCGCUUUAUCUACAAAACGAGAGAAGAUACAACUACACGACUCCUAAAACGUUCUUGGAGCAAAUUUCUUUGUAUUCGAAGUUGCUUGUGGAAAGAACCUACGACGUAAAAGCGAUGAUAGAGAGAUUGAAAAACGGCUUGGAAAAGCUGGAAUCUUGCGCUGGCCAAGUAAGCGAAUUAAGAGUGGUGUUAGCAGCCCAAGAAAUCGAAUUGAAAAAGAAGAAUGAAAUUGCAGAUAAAAUCCUUGCCGAAGUCCGAGCAGAGAAUACUAAAGCCGAAGGAGAAAAAGCUAUUGUGUCCGAGGAGGAGGCAAAGGUAGCCGAAAUAAAAGAAACAGUAGCAGAGAGACAAAGGAGGUGCGACGAGGAUUUAGCAAAAGCAGAGCCUGCAGUUCGGCAAGCUGAAGCUGCUCUUGACACAUUAAAUAAAAACAACUUGACAGAACUAAAAUCCUUUGGAACGCCACCGGAACAAGUGGCGAUGGUGGCGCAAGCUGUGUUAGUUUUAUUUUCCCCCAGGGGUCAAAUUCCAAAAGAUAGAAGUUGGAAAGCGUGCAAAGCGAUGAUGGGACAUGUUGACACAUUCCUCUCGCAACUUCGAAAUUACGACAAAGAGAACAUUCAUCCUGAAGUAGUCAAGGCUAUUCAACCUUAUAUCAACAACAAAGAUUUUGACCCAGAGAUUAUUUAUUCCAAAUCACAAGCCGCUGCAGGUCUUUGCAGUUGGGUGAGAAAUAUAAUGGUUUUCCAUUAUAUUAAUGAAACAGUGAAACCAUUAAGAGCUGCACUUGCACAAGCUAAUGCCGAAUUAAAAGCUGCUAUGGAUCAUUUGAAUGCUUUGAGGACACGAUUAGCGGAGUUGCAAAAGGUGCUCGACGUUUUAGGAGAAAGGAUGAAUGCAGCUUUAGCUGAGAAACAAAAAUGUCAAGACGAAGCUGACGCUACUGCUUUAACAAUUGACCUUGCAAAUAGAUUAGUGAAUGGUUUAGCAUCCGAAAAAAUUCGAUGGACCGAGGAGGUAGAAAGUUUGACGAACUCGUGUGUAACGGUACCAGGGGAUGUGCUGAUUGUAACAGCAUUUUUAUCAUACAUGGGAUCUUUCACUCGAAAAUAUAGAACUGACCUAAUGUACGAAAAUUGGUUACCGUUUCUGGAAAGUUUGGAAGUAAAAAUACCGAGGACUUCUGAAUUGGAUGUACUGGCUUUAUUGACAGACGAUGCACAAAUUGCACAAUGGAACAACGAAGGUUUACCAACAGACAAAAUGUCCUCGGAAAAUGCAACAAUUUUAAUGAAUUCAACAAGAUGGCCUCUAAUGAUAGAUCCACAAUUACAAGGAUUAAAAUGGAUAAAAAAUCGAUACGGUGAAGAUUUGCAAGUGCUGAGGCUUACUCAACCGAAUUAUUUAUAUUUAAUUGAAAUUUCCAUUGCGAAUGGAGGGAUUGUUUUAAUUGAAAAUAUCAUGGAAGCUAUCGACCCCAUUUUAGAUCCGGUUAUAAAGAGAGAUCUAAUAAAAAAAGGAAGGGCGAUCAAAAUUUGGGACAAAGAAGUAGAUUAUGACCCUCGUUUCCGGCUAAUUUUACAAACGAAGUUAGCUAAUCCUCAUUAUAAGCCCGAGAUACAAGCCCAAACUACUCUUAUCAACUUUACUGUAACAAAAGAUGGGUUAGAGGAACAACUUCUGGGUGACGUUGUGAAAGCCGAAAGACCUGAUUUAGAAUCCAAAAAGGCGGAAUUAACUACUCAACAAAAUACCUUCAAAAUUACCUUGAAGAGAUUGGAAGAUGAUCUUUUACACAGGUUAUCGACUGCUGGGCCAGACAUUUUAAGCGACGUCGAUCUCGUGAUCAAUCUGGAAACCACGAAAAAAACUGCUGCGGAAAUAGAAAUAAAAGUAGCCGAAGCUAGAGUGACUGCUGUAAAGAUAGACGAGGCUCGAGAAAUUUAUCGUCCUGUUGCGGCUCGAGCCAGUCUCUUAUAUUUCGUUUUAAACGAUUUGAACAAGAUCAAUAUGCUCUAUCAGUUUUCCUUGAAAGCUUUCAGCGUUGUCUUUUUAAACGCAAUUAGAUUUGCAGUAGCUUCGGAGGAUUUGGCUAAGCGCGUGGCUCUUUUAAUGGAUAGCAUCACUUAUCUAGUUUUCAUUUAUACAAGCAGAGGAUUAUUUGAAGCCGAUAAAUUGACCUUCCUCUGUCAAAUGACCAUUCAGAUUUUUAUGGAAGCAAAGGAAAUAUCACAAUCAGAACUUGACUUCCUACUACGAUUUCCGUAUAUUCCGGAGUUAACAAGCCCCGUAGACUUUUUAACAGAUGUCGGUUGGGGAGGGAUUAAAUAUUUGAGCCAAAUGGAGGACUUUCAAAAUUUAGAAAAAGACAUAGAAGGUGCUGCGAAACGGUGGAAGAAGUUCGUAGAAUCAGAUACGCCGGAACGAGAAAGUUUCCCACAAGAUUGGAAAAAUAAAACUGCUCUGCAAAGAUUAUGCAUCAUGAGGUGUCUUAGACUGGAUCGUAUGACAUACGCGAUUAGGUGCUUCGUAGAAGAAAAGCUUGGUUCAAAAUUUGUUGAAUCCAGAUCACCACCUUUUCAUAAAUCCUUUGAAGAAACCAGUUCAAUCACGCCUAUAUUUUUCAUUCUCUCUCCAGGCGUUGAUCCGUUGAAGGACGUCGAAAAACUGGGAAUGCAAUUGGGUUUCACUUUUGGAGGGAGAAAUUUCCAUAAUGUAUCACUGGGUCAAGGUCAAGAACCCAUAGCGGAAGAAGCCAUAGAACUUUCCGCGAACGAAGGCCACUGGGUAAUUUUGCAAAAUGUCCAUUUAGUGAGGAAAUGGUUGCCUACAUUGGAAAAAAAGAUGGAACAGUGCUCGGAGAAUCCACAUGAUGAUUAUCGUUUGUUCAUUAGUGCGGAACCCAGUCCUGAUCCUCAUGAAUCAAUAAUACCUCAGGGUAUACUAGAAUCAGCCAUAAAGAUUACGAACGAACCACCAUCUGGAAUUCAAGCGAAUAUUCACAAAGCGUUGGAUAACUUUACCCAGGAAACUUUGGAGUCCUGCAGCAAGGAAACCGAAUUCAAAGCAAUAUUAUUUGCACUUUGUUAUUACCACGCUGUACUUGCAGAACGUAGAAAAUUUGGGGCGCAAGGAUGGAAUAGGUCCUACCCAUUCAACUUCGGUGAUCUAACAAUCAGCGUAUCUGUAUUAUUUAAUUACCUGGAAAAUAGUAUCAAAGUACCUUGGGAGGAUCUUCGUUACUUAUUUGGAGAAAUAAUGUAUGGAGGUCACAUAACAGAUGAUUGGGAUAGAAGACUAUGCAAGACAUAUUUAGUAGAAUAUUUGAAAACGGAAUUAGUCGAAGGUGAAUUAUACCUUGCACCAGAUUUUUUGGUACCACCAAAUAGUGAUUAUGAUGCAUAUCAUCAGUACGUCGAUAACUACUUACCUGCUGAAAGUCCUGUUCUGUAUGGACUUCAUCCCAAUGCAGAAAUUGGGUUUUUAACACAAACUGUGGAAAAUCUGUUUAAAACGUUAUUGGGUAUACUAACAAGAACUGCCAGCGAUACAACAAGCGGAGAUAUUUCAAAAGAAGACAAAAUAAAAGGACAAAUAGAGGACUUAUUGGACAAACUACCAGAAGAAUUCAAUAUGCUAGAACUUUACAGCAAGGUGGAAGAUCGUACACCAUUUGUCACAGUUGCUUUACAAGAAUGCGAACGCAUGAAUCUACUGUGUGAAGAACUUAGAAGGUCCCUGCAAGAAUUAGAGUUAGGCUUAAAAGGAGAAUUAACUAUUAAUGCUGAGAUGGAAGAUCUACAAAAUUAUAUAAUGAUGGAUGCUGUUCCGCCGUCUUGGACAAAAAGAGCUUACCCUUCAGAAUUAGGAUUAAACAGUUGGUUCACGGAUAUGUUGUAUCGAAUAAAUGAAUUAUCUAAUUGGACUGCUGAUUUUAACUUACCAUCGUCGGUAUGGCUAGGUGGUUUUUUCAAUCCUCAAUCAUUUCUAACUGCAAUUAUGCAACAAACCGCACGCAAAAAUGAAUGGCCAUUGGACAAAAUGUGUUUAUAUUGCGAAGUACUGAGAAAAACCAAAGAAGAAAUCACAUCGGCACCAAGAGAAGGCGCGUAUAUAAACGGAUUGUACAUGGAAGGUGCACGAUGGGACGUUCAAACAGGAUGUAUCAUGGACUCUAGAUUUAAAGAAUUGUUUCCAUUAUUGCCAAUUAUGUAUAUUAGGGCGAUUACACAGGACAAACAAGAUUUAAAGAAUAUGUAUGAAUGUCCUGUGUAUAAAACACGAUCGCGAGGUCCUACUUACGUGUGGACGUUCAAUUUAAGAACUAAGGAGAGAGCUAGUAAGUGGAUUCUUGGUGGAGUGGCAAUUCUAUUACAAAUCUAAUUUUAUAAAUUAAAUUAUGGACUAAAUAUGCAAUUAAAAUAAAGAUUUUCGAAAUUGUCAAA